CACUAACCAGAGAGUGGCGUUGGAGCGGCAACCCACACGCCCAGAGCCAUCUAUUGAAUUGAAUUGAAUAUGUACACCAUGACAUUAGCAAGCUAGCCGAAAAUAUCGAGGUUCCUGCUUUCGCGUAUACAUACCGCGGUUAUGUUCGUGAUGAGAUUGGGCUGACAGCUUUGAUUUUUUUUCUGCCAAUUAUAUAGCGCGUAUGUGCAGCUUGUCGCCGUCACCGUCAUCGUCAUCGUUGUCGUGCGGUCGCGUUUGGCGUACGAAACUCCUUUCCUUCGGAGUUAUUCUUCGUGCACGAGUUUGAGAUAAGCAUUCCUUAAACAGUGAAAUAUGUGUCUGCGCAUAUAUUCAAUUCAAUAAUAUCCGCCGUCGCAAAAUAUGUCAGGGGACACGACGGAUCCGAAGGAGAUAGCAUGCACAGAAUACACCCAUGAUGGAUGUCUCGUCAACGAGUUCGAUCGCAUCGACCUGUCGCACUUGGAGCUGGAUGAUAAUGAUGAUUGGUUGUACAUACCACCGCAAUGCUCAAUGGAAUCUACAAUUCAGGAUCUAUACACCUGGCUGAAAACAGAACCAGAAUUGAAUAUUCGAAGUAACAAAAAAUAUAUUGAUACAAGAACAUUUACAAGACCUAAAAAACGAACAUCACGUAUGAGUUUUGAAUCAAUUUUUGAAGGAUUGCCACGUUGUGUCACAAACAUAUGGAAGCCACAAAAUUUAGAUAACACACACAUUGAAAAUGUAGAGAAAUUUGCAUCCAUAUCAAUGGAAGACAAGGAAUCAGUACCACCGAUGCUCAAACCAUCUAUCAAAACAGUUAUAAAUACACUGUCUGAUGAAAACUUAACAAAAUCAGGACAAGAGAGUAUGGAAGCCUUCUUGAACAUGUCACAAUCUAAAGGAAUUGAUUCAUUUAUAAAUUUAGGUGAACCUGAAUUCAGUGAUCCACUGAUGAACAUGUCGCAGCCCUCUGUUUUAUAUACAUCUAUUAUCGGUCCCGUUAACGAAUCCACGUUUACUGAAUGUAAUAUAACAUCAGUCACACAUAAGGAUACUACUGGUCAACAAGUUGCUCAUCGAUACAGCAAUAUACAAGAAAAAUCAACUUCUGGUAGCGCUAACAUGACGUUUGUGAUGCAAAGUGAUAAUCCAAUUUCACCAAACGAAACGUAUCAAGUAAAUGCUCUAAACGACACCUUUUGUAAGGAUUUCUCUCCACUGAAUAUAGGCUUGAAUGAAACUUACGAUGCUAUAGCUUCUGAUAAAGCAUUAACACAGUUAUCAAAUCUGCAUAAGGACGAAGCGGACGCGGCCACUUUGUCUUCCACCUUCACAACCGAGCCUGUUAUUGACAGUAAUUCCGUACAAUUGCAAAAGAAGAUGAAUAACAAUAUUAAAGCAUUGGACAUUAUAUAUCCAUCGUCAACUAAAUCGACUGAGAGGCAAGAUAUGACGGCGUCGAUCAAAAGCGAUGUAUAUAAACCCAUAACGCAUGCAAAUAAGACGAACCUCGAUGUAACGUGCAACGUUUCAAGCAACGGAACUAGAUCUGCUAUGCUUGAGUCACAAGACACAGAGGACGUUUUGGAUGUGUCCUUCAGGAUGCCUGUCGGCAGCCAAUCUACACCUAUAAAUCCGUAUGUAUUGAAUUCAAAUUCGAAACUCGCUUUGAAACAGUCGGAGCAACCCGGAGCACAACGAGCAAAUCUAUAUUCCACGCUGAAAGCGUCCACGUCGUUGAGGAAGGAAUUGUUGGCGGAGAUUCGCCGAAACGACGAGCGCAAGCUCGACGUUACGUAUAAUCACGUUAUCAGUGAUAAGUCUGACUCAAAGGACAUCAAGGAGGACGUUCACGUAGCCCGCGAAGACGCUAAGACCAAUAUGAGCGUCUCUCCAUCGGAAAAUCGAUAUUACACGUACAGAAAAUCAGCGUUAACGGUGACAGCAACAACGACGGCGGCGACGGCAACGAUGACGACGACGAUAAAGAAUCAAUACAGAGGCCAGUACAGCGAACGUGAUACAACCUUGACCGCACCUCAGAGAGACUUGACCACAAAUCGUAAGUUCUAUACCUUCACAAAGAAGAAUAAUAACUUGGCCGAGAAGAACAACAGUCCUACUGAGAACACCAUCGAGAGGAACGCUGAAGUAGCGCGUCCGAAUAUGGACAGCACGUUCUGCAAGCCGCUGCCUAAAAUGCUGCCGAAAAGAAACGCGCCUAGAAUGUUAUCGAAGUUACCACAGUUUUUGCAGAAGUCCAAUCCGAAUCUCGUCUCAAGCUCAUUGAGGACUACCAUCAGCUUGCCCGGCAGUACAAAUCUAUUUAGUACUGGAUACAUCAAGGGCUCGCAGCCCAAUAUCAUGCAAAACGUAGAAAAAUCAAAUCUGCCGAGCAAAUUGCAUCCGUUUGGCAAGCUGAAGAGUGGCUCCGAGCAACGACUCGUCGAGGUGAACGUGAAGAAUGUGAGCGAAUUUCCGGCGAAGGGUGCGACUGGUUCAACGGAGAGCAUAGAGAGCACACAGAGCGCCCACAGUGCUCCCGAUCUGGACGACAGGCUUAGCACGUGCUCCGACAGCAGUCACAAUUCAUGUAACAAACGCACGAUGAAUAUAGAGCAGUUGCAUCAACUAGUGCGAAUGCAGGAAGAGAGUUUGAAGCAAGACUCGGCGCCUAAGCCGCAUAAACAAAUUCUGGAGAACACUUGGGUCGAGACGAAGACCGAUUUGCCAUCGCCAAUUCUGAAAAACGGCAUAGAAUAUGGCGAGGCCGACACGCAUUCGUUGAAUGCCGACGUGAAUAUGAAAUGCAGCUCUCCGUUACUAAGUCCCACUGGGUCUAGUCAUGCCUUAAAUAACGACGGAAACCCUGAAAGUAACACUGGGAAGACCAAGGAUGAAAUUGUAGUAGCUGGGAAGACAGAGGAUUCGAAUCAAACAGUGCCUAAAAUUGAAAAUAAGACUCGAUUAAGACAGCCAACUAAUUGGGGUACCGGUAGCAAGCCAUCUGCUGUGAUAAGUGGAAUUCCUAGACCUGCAUCGCGUAUACCGGCUCUCAGAUUUGCCAGACCGAAUAAUACAAAAAUUAAUCAAGCCGAUCUGAGAAAGGGAUGCACGUGAGAUUCCAUUUGGUACAAACGUGUAGAAAGGCGAGAGAGAGAGACUUUUACGCACGAAUAUUUAAUUGAGUCGUUAUCAGUGCGGUGAUUAGUAGCUGAUUAUAUAUUUUUAGUUCCAUUACAUAAUAACAAUGAAGUUUCUUCUCAAAACCAAUAAAAAUUCAGUAUUAUUGAGCUUCCAAGUCGAUAAAACGCGAUGGGAUAUUACUAUUAAUAUAAUGUUUGCAUGUUGUUUGCUUUUAUUUGUAUUCCAUUUGUAAAAAAUUAAUAUCGUGAGAUAUUGCGUGUCAUCCUUGUAUAAUGCGUAGAUGCAUCCUUUUUUUAUGAUUUUUUUUACGAUUCGAAGCGUAAUUUCUUUACUGAUACGCAAUGAGAGAGUAUCGAGCCCUGUGUUAUUUAUACAUUCUUGUAAAAUAUACUCUGGAAGUUUGUUAAGCGUAAAGUUAAACGAAAAAAAAAAAACAAAAAAACGAGAAAUGUCAAUCUGUCCCGCGAAUUAAAUUAUUUAAGUUAUAAAUUAUCGUUGCCAAAAACCAAAUUUCCAAGAUGUAAACAAUAUUGAUGUUGUUUGUAAUUUCUAUAAGAUGUAGGAAUUGAUAUUUGUAUUCGGUAUUUUGCACGAGAAACCGAAAGAGAGACGUCUGUUGCACGAUAGUUAGUACAAACAACAGCAAUAAAUUUGAAGUAUUUGUAUAUAAAAACGAUAUAUAGUGUUGUAGAAAUCGUUUUUAGUGUUUUCUGUUAGAAUACCGAAUGACAAAUCGGCCGGAGAUUAAAAAAUAUACAGGGUGUUUGAUAGCUGAUCAUGCAGACGAAAGUUGGAGAUCGAUUGGAUGUA